GGAUUCGGCCUGUAGCUGGUUGACCCGAUUCACCUAUCUUUCUCCGUUGUGAUUUCUCUGACUUCCCUCUCUCUCUCUCUCUCUCUGUAUUUGCCUGCCUGCGAUCACGACCCUGAUUCGUCGGGUACGAGCUCACGCUUUCCGGUGGUGAAUCCGAAGAUCUUUUUUCCGCUGAAUUGAGGUGAAAGAGCGAGGAACCAUGGGGGUCAGGCAAGCUCUGAAGAGCCUCGAUGCGUUUCCGCGUGCUGAGGAGCACUUGCUGCAGAAGACGCAGUCCGGAGCUCUCGUUUCUGUCAUUGGGCUCACAAUAAUGGCCACAUUGUUCUUGCACGAGCUCAGAUAUUACAUUACCACGUAUACUGUUCAUCAGAUGUCAGUGGACUUGAAACGAGGAGAAACGCUUCCAAUUCACAUAAAUAUGACGUUUCCAUCUUUGCCUUGCGAUGUUUUAAGUGUUGAUGCUAUUGACAUGUCGGGGAAGCAUGAAGUGGAUCUCGAUACUAACAUUUGGAAACUUCGACUGAACAAAUAUGGCCAGAUUAUUGGUACAGAGUAUCUGUCAGACCUUGUGGAGAAGGGGCAUGAACAUCAUGAGCAUGAGGAUGGUAAGGAUCAUCAUGAGGAAUCAAGUGAAAAGACUCAUGGCCAUGGCUUUGAUGAGACUGCAGAGAAAAUGAUUAAGAAGGUGAAGCAAGCAUUGGCAAAUGGAGAAGGCUGUCGGGUUUAUGGAGUUCUGGAUGUGCAAAGGGUUGCUGGAAAUUUCCACAUUUCAGUUCAUGGGUUGAAUAUAUUUGUCGCUCAGAUGAUAUUUGAAGGAGCUAUGCAUGUAAAUGUUAGUCACAUUAUCCACGAUCUGUCAUUUGGCCCAAAGUAUCCGGGUCUCCACAAUCCACUUGAUGGGACUGCGCGAAUUCUACAAAGGGCGAGUGGAAUUUUCAAGUAUUAUAUUAAGAUAGUGCCGACUGAAUAUAGAUACAUUUCAAAAGAGGUUUUGCCGACAAAUCAAUUUUCUGUUACAGAAUACUUUUCACCUAUGAAUGAGUAUGAUAGAUCAUGGCCAGCUGUUUAUUUCCUGUAUGAUCUAUCACCCAUUACUGUGACUAUCAGAGAAGAACGCCGUAGUUUUCUCCAUUUCAUCACUCGGCUUUGUGCUGUACUCGGCGGUACAUUUGCGUUGACAGGAAUGCUUGAUCGUUGGAUGUACAGGCUUCUUGAGGCCAUCUCUAAGCCAAACCCGAGAAGUGUACUCCGAUAAGGUUGGGGAGCUUUGAUUACCUGUUGUUUCUCCUGAAAAUUUUUAGCAGAACAUUCUUAAAUUCUAUGGGAGAUUUCUCGCCCAUGCGCCAUUUGGUUAAAUAUGAGGCUGGGGGUUGCAUUGUAGAGCUCGUCUAAUUAUUGUCAUCACAUCUUGUUUCAGUAGACAGAUAGUGAUUUAAUGUACUGAAUGUAUCUUAGUUUAGUCCGAGAGUUUGAUUAUUUCUACAAAUCAGUUCCAAAAAUUUACCUCAA